UAGUGAAUGCAGGGUCCGGGGAGAGCAGAUAUAGUGAAUGCAGGGUCCGGGGAGAGCAGAUAUAGUGAAUGCAGGGUCCGGGGAGGGAGCAGAUAUAGUGAAUGCAGGGUCCGGGGAGACCAGAUAUAGUGAAUGCAGGGUCCGGGGAGACCAGAUAUAGUGAAUGCAGGGUCUGGGGAGACCAGAUAUAGUGAGUGCAGGGUCUGGGGAGAUCAGCCAAAAAGCGAAGUCCUGCUGGUACACUCCCUCACUCCCCCCAGGAGU